AUUUCUGUGUGUAUGCCUGGCAGCGGAAUAGCUAGCUCUUUUGAGCCUACAAGUCCGUCCUCGGGGCUAUUUGGCCCAUUAUUCUGCCUCUGUGAGUAUCACAAACAUGGCGGAAAGCGAAUUGAACGUUGACAGCCUCAUAUCUCGACUACUGGAAGUACGAGGAUGUCGUCCAGGAAAGGUUGUACAGAUGACGGAGGCUGAGGUGAGGGGGCUCUGCAUCAAGUCCAGAGAGAUUUUCCUGAGCCAGCCGAUCCUACUAGAACUGGAGGCUCCACUCAAAAUCUGCGGUGAUAUCCAUGGGCAGUACACAGAUUUGCUGAGGCUGUUUGAGUAUGGAGGCUUCCCGCCCGAGGCCAACUAUCUGUUCUUGGGGGAUUACGUGGACAGAGGGAAGCAGUCGCUGGAGACCAUCUGCCUGCUGCUCGCCUACAAGAUCAAAUACCCAGAAAACUUUUUCUUGCUCAGAGGGAACCACGAAUGUGCCUCCAUCAAUCGCAUCUACGGCUUCUAUGAUGAGUGCAAGCGCAGGUUUAACAUAAAACUCUGGAAGACCUUCACAGACUGUUUUAAUUGUCUGCCCAUUGCUGCGAUUAUUGAUGAGAAGAUUUUCUGCUGCCAUGGAGGGCUCUCUCCUGAUCUACAGUCCAUGGAACAAAUCCGCCGCAUAAUGAGACCCACUGAUGUCCCAGACACAGGCUUGCUGUGUGACCUGCUGUGGUCAGAUCCAGACAAAGACGUCCAGGGCUGGGGGGAGAACGAUCGGGGAGUUUCCUUCACUUUUGGGGCAGACGUGGUCAGCAAGUUCCUCAACCGUCACGACCUGGACCUCAUCUGCAGAGCACAUCAGGUUGUUGAGGACGGUUAUGAGUUCUUUGCAAAGCGACAGCUGGUAACGCUGUUCUCUGCCCCUAACUACUGCGGGGAGUUUGACAAUGCAGGCGGCAUGAUGAGUGUGGACGAGUCCCUUAUGUGCUCCUUUCAGAUCCUAAAGCCGUCAGAAAAAAAGGCAAAAUACCAGUACGGCGGCGUGAAUGCGGCGCGGCCCGUCACCCCGCCUCGCACCGCUCAGGCACCUAAAAAGAGGUGAGCGGCUGGCCUCGACUCUCCUGCUUGUCCCUCGGUUUAUCUCUGUCCCGCGGCCCUGCAGGCUGCCUCACACACUCCAGCCUUCUCUCAGCCAGCUUGUUCAUGUUUAAAAAAAAAAAAAUAGUAAAAAAAAAAGCAGAGUGUCUUUUGCUUGUUCUGUGGGUAUUUUUAUGAACCUGUAUUUUUCAUUUUCUUAUUUGAUGCCAUGGUCUGCAUUAACUGCUACUCACUCCAUUUGGCAAUAUUUAAACCAAACUGUUGUGCAAUGGGAAAGAUGUUGCUUCUCUUCCUUCACAUUAACAAUUCCCAUAGUGAUGUUGUGAAUGCAUGCCUGCUUGUGAGAUUGAGAUGGUUUUCUGUUCGGUAAAACCCAUAAAUUCUCAGACAACAGCUCUAAUUGUUUCUCAUCCUACUGCCAUUGCCCACCUAUCUGGUGGAUGAAGUGCUAUACUGCAUAAUGGAAUAGUUCUGCAUUUCGGGACAUGUGCUUGUAUGCUUUCCUAUUGAGUUAGAUAAAGAAGUCUAUACAAAUAUGAAACGCACCAACUGCUGGCUAAUGUAACUUAGCAAACAAGAGGGACAAACAUGAGGCAUUGUUCUUAUUCACAUUAACUCGCUGCAACAACACAAUUAGACCUAUUUUCAAUAAUUACUUUUUUUUUAAUUGCAAGUUAGAUUGCUAUUCCUUUCCCUUAGACAUAAGAAUGUUUUAUCCUUAGAGAUCCAGAUAUUUUGAUGGUAUGAAAAUCGUCCAAGCAUAAUUGUGUAGAAGCCUUUGAAGCCUAUUUAAACCAGUAAAUGUUGAUGAGAGUAAAGCGAUUACAGAAGGUGUGAAGAAAAGACAAAGGAAAACCUUGCUGGUAAAGCGGGAAAAGGACAGGAUUCAACUACAAUUGGUGUCAGUACGUUCAUUCUGCAACAGCAGUAGAUUUUGACCUCUCAUGCAUUGUUGCACUUCUAUUUAGGCCUGUUAUGAUAACUACUUAUGUUGGACCAUGUAUUUUCCCAGGAAUAUUUGCCAUUGGUUAUUAUAUUAAUAAUAUUGCUUUAGAACUAUUUGUUGCUUGUGUGAUGAUCAUUCUAUAGCAUAAGAGUAAUUAACACACUGUACAAGUCUUGUAAUGGGAGGAAACUGUUGGUUCUUUAAGGUUGGCUAAAAUGAAUCCUAUGUAAAUAAAAAAUGCACUUCAACACAACAGGGAAUAGUGAAAGUUUUGUCAAUUCAUUAAAACGAUUAAUUGAUAACAAAUGAUUGAGGUUAUGUCCAUGUAUUGUAGUGGUAAGGGGUCGAUGUAAUUAUUGUAACAGGCCCUACUCCAUUGCAUUUAUUGUAAAGAGGUCAAAAUCCUCAAGGCAAGAAAACACAUUUUUUGAUUAAAUAUUUCCCACUUCUUGAACACUGAACCAACAGAUUUUUCUUUAUUUAAAGCUUGCCUUUUGCUUUGUAAAUUGAUCAAUCUUCGAGUUGGAAUCAGUAUGUUAAGACGUUUUGAGAUUUGUACGAGUGUGUUUGAAACGAGUGAAAUAAAAGCUGAGCCUGC